AUUGAGAAAGACAACACUGCAAGCUACCAAAACCAACAAAGAUUUCUAAACAAAAAGAGAUAGCUUGGUUUUUUUGGUCAUUUUGGAAUUUUAACAAAUUCUUUUGAUUUUCUGAUCCUUCUUUCCCCAUAGAACUUAACCUUUUGUCUCCUAACAACAACCUCCUUUGCCGUCAGCACCACCAUCACAACCACCACGAAGAACCAAUUACCACCUUAUAACCCACCAAAAUUUUCUUUGUAAAGAUCCAACUUUCCCUUUGAAAAACAAGAAAAAGUUUCAAUUUUUCCUUUUCGGUUUGUCCUACUAAUGUGUAGAUCAAAAAAAAGUAUAGAUGUGAUUCAACCGAGAUCUUCAAAUUCAAAAAGACCAUCUUUUUCAUCUUCAUCUCGAACACCCAAAACCCCAAAAUCCUCAAAAUCUUCAUCUUCUGUGUCAGAUCCAUCUUCCAGCACUUCUGCAACCAACAAUUUGGUCCUUUCCUCAAGCUACUUUUACAACAACUCUUCCGGCAACUCAAUUUCAAGCCAAACCUCCAAAACUCUCUCAUCUUUCAAAGCUUCUCUCCCUGAAAACCCCCACAUCUAUAACUUCUCAGACAUCUGCUCAGCCACAAACAACUUCCUUUCCAAGCGGUUUUCUUCUUCCUCUUCAUCAUCUUCAUGGCUUUGUAACCUUCAAGGUCUUGAAACUAGCUUCACUCAUAACCAUAUAAAGAUCACAAGUAUUUUAGUAGCUGAAGAUUCUUUAACGGCUAAAAUUUGUCAUUUUGGCACUGCUGAGCUAUGUGGGGAAGUGACAAAGGAGGAGGGAUCAAAAACUCUUCGGAGAUCAAAUAGUAAAGGUAUGAAGAUUGAAGGAACAAGGGGGUACAUGGCACCUGAGCUUCAAUUUAGUGGUUUGGUGACACAGAAAUGUGAUGUUUAUGCAUUUGGGGUUGUGGUUUUAGAGCUGUUGAGUGGACAGGAAGCCUUGAAGUUUUUCGUUGAUGAAGAAACCGGAGGGUACAAAAGAGUGAGUGUAAUAGAUGCUGCUAGGGAGGCUGUGGCUGGAGGCAGUGCAGGGGUGAGGAGCUGGGUAGAUAGGAGGUUGAAGGACUCUUUUCCAGUGGAAGUGGCUGAGAAGAUGGUCUUGGUGGCAUUGGAAUGUGUGGAGGAGGAUCCAGGGAAAAGGCCCGAUAUGAACAAGAUUGUAGGGCAGGUUUCAAAGUUGUAUUUGGAGUCAAAGAAUUGGGCUGACAAGAUUGGUUUGCCUACUGAUAUCUCAUUCUCAAUGGCGCCAAGGUAAAUCAUACAUAAUUGGUUGCGGCUUUUGGUUAUUUAUAUGAGCUAAUAUUUUGGAGUUGUCUAUUUGAUCACCAAUGAGAGUUUGUAGGGAUUUUGUUUUGCAUUUUUACCUUUACAAUUCAUGAUUCUUUUAAGCUAACUUGAGGUACCUAUAGAUAUUUGUACAUGUUGUGAAUAAUAUAUAGAAAAGAGUUGUUUUAGAUUUCAGUUCAUUUUCUGGCAGAGAUUUUGUUACAUGAUUGUUUUAAAUUAAAUUCAUUAUUGAUUUUGUUAUACAAACAAGAUUUUCUGCUUUGUAGUGCUCUCUGUUACUUAUACAUUGUAAUAUACUACUAAGCAAGUAGUUAGUCCAAAAUUGUAUAUAAGUUUGACAAAAAUAAAAAACCAUGCUUUGUAUUUGACCAGACACGAAUUUGACAAAAUAAUUUUUUGUAUUUUACUCAUAUUUUGAUAUGAAUAUGAUACAAAUAUGCGAGAUACACAGUUGUUCAGAAUUCAUGUUUUGUUAUUGAUUUUGAAUCUCAUUUUCUGCAAUGAUAUUUGAUUCUUAAAACUCAUUCUGUCAUGAACUUAAUGGAUGAGUGGAGAUGUUGGAGAGCAGAUCAUAGGAAUGAAUGGAACAUGGCAAUGUCAAUGUUGUCAUUAAUCUACUCAUCAAUGUUUAAAAUUUCAGUUGCCUGGUAUAAGAGGCUUUCUGAUAAGCGCUUUCAGACAUGCCUUUUGGUGAAAAUUCUGUUGUCUGGUUCACACCAUUUGUCACGUUUUCUGAUAAGUACUUUCAGACACCCAAUCUUACACUAAAUCUGAAAUUCAUCUUUAGAGAAGUUUAAGCAAGAACAUCUUUAUUAGUUUGAAGAAGCAUUUUUACAUUCUAAACAGCUGUCUCAACCUUUUCUUAACUGCUCAGUCAGAACAUGAGAAAGGAAUGAAAUGGAAUUGGAAG